AUGAGUCUGGAAGAUUGUAAAGCAGUCGAAGGAGCGGUGUUUCAGAAAGUGUCAACUGCUAAAAGCAACGCUAAUAUAGACAAAAAAGAUUUGUAUCUUAGAGUGAAUAUUGAAGAAGCUGUCAGUAGUUCAAAACGUGGUGAAGCUGCCAGAGAAGAAAUUGAAAGAUUACGUUCGUUAUGUAAAAAGUUGGAAAAAGAACGCAAUGAUGCAUUGCUAAAGCUUAAUUUUUUGGAUGAAGAAAUUGUUGAGGAUGCUGUCACAAAUGUUUGGGACACCCUUACCUUUCACCUUAAUCUUCCUUCAGCUAGUCCUAAUUUGGGUGUAAUACUUGGUGGAGGUAAAGGUGAUGAUAUCGUUGGUCACGAAAGUCCAAUUUACAUCAAAGAAAUACUACCUGGUAGCCCCUUUGAGCCUCAUUUGCAGAAGAUGGAUUACAUUACUGAAGUAAAUGGUAUUGAAGUGGCUGGGAUGGAUCAGCAUUCAGUCACUUCGAUUCUAAGCAACAGCAAAAAAUUGACUAUUGUAAGAAAGCUGGGUAUUGAAUUUGAAACUGGAGUUAUGAUUAGUGAACUUCGAGAUGAUGUUGGGUUAGACAGCGGACUUUGCGUCGGAGCGCGCUUAUUCCACGUUAAUGGCAUCCCAGUCACUGACCCGUUGCAAGCCAAGGCUCUUGUUCAAGGCUUUUAUUUGGGUACUGUUGCAGAAAAUAGGAAGAAACUGAUUUUGGGAGUGUCAAAUCGGAAGCUUGGCAUGAAUUCAUCAAGUACGAUGAGUAGCCGUGCGACAACAACAGCCAUUCAAGAUAAACAACCAAGAACACGUAUUCUUAAUAAGAUUCAAGAGAAAUUAUUUGGACGUUCUGGCAAUGAGAAAGCACGAGCGGUUAUUGCAAAAGCCAACUUGGAUGCUUGUGCUGGUGACUUAACGUCAUAUCGGCAUGGAUCAUUACGUAUUCCAUCGUCCAGAGUGAAUAUACUGAGCGAUGAACUGGUUCGUACUGGCUCAUUACGAGCCACUUUGCGUAGUGGCGAUCAACGACAACCGAUACCAGGAAUUUGGGCAGAUAAAAUCUACCAUAGACAAUCACAAUCGCACGACGAAAAUGUCAAACGUACUUGGCCAAAAGGUUGUCCGGAAAGCCUAUUAGGAAAGCAAACUGUUUGCGUACGCCCAUCAGUAACAACUGUUUUCUCCUCAACUAGCACACAACCAACAAACAAUGACGGAAGAAAGUUACCGCGUGUUACGUUGAGUACCCAGUGUACAGCACAACGGUCCUACCCUAGCGAACGGUUUCAGUCGACACCAAAUUCGGUUUGCGGCACCACAGCUCGGAUAGUUACUUCCACCAACACGCUGAUGCAACCGAAACUAGUUGGAGUGGCACACGCACAACGGAUCAAUACAAUACCCGAACCACCGCCGUACCCUGGACAACAUCCUAGUAUCCAUCCCAGCAUCGAUUCGCUUAGUUUAACUUCUUCAAAUUCCUACCUGGUUGUCCCCCAGUCUUCUUCUGCAUCAUUCCAACAUGGAUAUUCUGUUACUGAUACGGUCCGUAAACAAAGCAAUCAAUACCUUUCGGAGGAAGAAAAAGACGUUAGGUGUGUUGUUAUACAUCAGGAUGAAAAAAGUGACGAUUUCGGCAUUGAAUUAGAAAAUCUUAACGGGGGUGUCGUGAUUUCAAGAGUUCGCGGCGCAGCAAAAAGCUUGUUGCAUGUGGGAGAGCAGCUUAUCGAUGUCAAUGGAGUGAACAUGCGUUUGGUAGACAAAGAUGCUGCUAGCCGAGUCUUGAAACAGCUUGGGCACCACAAUGAAGAAAUAACGCUGACCGUUAAGGAAACAAAAGAAGGGCCACGCUGGGUACAUUCAAACCGAAAAGAUGUCCAACUGUGCGGUGGCAAUGGCGUUGGGAUUCUUAUUGAAAGGCGUCUAGGUGAAUUAAAGGUUGGGGAAAGGAUACUGGAAAUAGACGGCAAAGAUGUUCGGAGAGCAACAUUUGAGGAAGCGCGGCGAGCGUUAGAUGCGGGUCAAAGCGAAAUAGUUAACUUGUUGUGUGAAUAUGACGGUGGUGCAAGGUAUGAACGUUUACAAAAUGGUGCUGACCCGGACAGCUUUUAUAUAAAGGUUAACAUUGAUAGACCGGCGAAGAAUUCUGACGAGUUGGAACUUAAGAAGGGCGAGAUACUGUAUGUCGAUUACACAAUGUUUGGAAAUAAAAUGGGCAAGUGGAGAGCAUGGAGGAUAGACCACGAAGGUCGACAACGUCAGUGUGGGGUUAUUCCAUCAUUUGCAAGGAUCUGUGACGAGGAAGCUCGGAGAACUAGACGAACGAGAGGGCGUUCUAGUGAAGCAAUUUAUCCAGGAAAAUUUUUGUACGAGCGAGUAGAGCGGGUUUCAUCCUCUCAAAAAAGACCGCUUAUACUAUUCUCUGCAUAUGUGGCUCCAUUUAUGCAGACCCUAAUCGAUGAACAUGGCGACAAGUCAGUAAGGCGCAGGGAAGAAUUAUUUGAGGUGAUUUCUGUGAGUGCUUUGCAACAAAUUAUAAAUAAUGGUUACCAUUGUGUUUUGGAUGUAGCUCCUCAGGCUGUGGCUAAACUAAGAGCCAUGCACCUAUAUCCCAUAUUUAUACGAAUCAAAUUCAAGAAUGUAAAGCAGAGAUAUAUCGGUAUAAUCAGUAGAUUUUUCCAGCUGAGAGAGUUUGCGGAAGAAUGUGGUGAUGAACGCCUGAACAAUAAAACUGCUAAAGAACUAAUGGAACGUGCUGAAUCAAUGGACAGUCAGCUACGAAGUAUGGAAUGCACAGUUAGCGCAAUAAGUGUUGGCAGUCAUCAUGGUCGCAAUGCUGUACGAUACGUAUGUCACCAAAUUGUGGCAACAGUCGAACAUGAACAAAAGCGAAGUGUCUGGGCACCAGCAAAUUGUAAUCAAAAUAUGAACUCCUCCUAA